CUUAAAGUAGCAGUCGCACACUGCUUUUCACUGAAGUAUACAAAGACCUUGACUCUUUUAGAAACUUUGUAGUCUUUGUAAUAGAAGCUGGGGAAUGAUGACGUGCAGCAAUGGGACAAGUGUCUGCACAAGAUUUCUGAUGUGGUUUCUUCUACUGUAUAUGUUUGUAAGGAAGGUGCUACCUGAAGACGACAUUAUAGUUACUACUAAGAAAGGAAAAGUAAGAGGGAUUCACUUGCCCGUACUUGGGGGAACUGUGACGGCCUUUCUGGGAAUUCCUUAUGGCGAGCCACCACUUGGUAGACUACGAUUCAAAAAACCAGAGCCCCGCAACAAGUGGACAGAGAUUUGGGAUGCCACAAAACAUGCAAACUCUUGUUAUCAGAAUAUAGAUAAAACUUUCCCUGGAUUCCCUGGGUCAGAGAUGUGGAAUCCAACCACUAACCUUAGUGAAGACUGCUUAUACCUCAAUGUAUGGGUUCCUUCUCCAAAACCCAAAAAUGCAACUGUCAUGGUAUGGAUUUAUGGGGGUGGAUUUCAAUCAGGGACAUCUUCUUUACCUAUCUAUGAUGGUAAAUUUCUGGCACGUGUUGAAAGAGUCAUUGUAGUUUCAGUGAACUACAGAACAGGGGCACUAGGAUUCUUGGCUUUACCGGGAAACCAGGAAGCUCCAGGAAAUGCAGGUUUAUUUGAUCAAAGGUUAGCACUUCAGUGGGUCCAGGAGAACAUAGCUGUCUUUGGUGGCAAUUCUAAAAGUGUGACUUUAUUUGGAGAGAGUGCUGGGGCUGCUUCUGUUAGCUACCAUAUGCUUUCUUCUGAAAGCCAUCCUCUUUUCACAAGAGCCAUCAUGCAAAGUGGCUCUGCUAAUGCCCCAUGGGCCACACUAACACAUUCUGAGGCAAGGAAGAGAACUUUGAUUUUAGCUAAACUACUCAGCUGCUCAGGUAGCAAUGAUACAGACAUAAUUCUCUGUCUCCAAAACAAGGAUCCCCAGGAUAUCCUCGAGAAUGAAGUUUCUGUUUUAACACACAACUCUCUUUUAAAAGUAUAUUUCUGUCCCAUAGUUGAUGGUGAUUUUCUCACUGAAAUGCCACAAACAUUGAUCCAGCAUGGGCUCUUUAAACAAACCCAACUCUUAGUGGGAGUUAACAAAGAUGAAGGGACAGCUUUUCUAGUGUAUGGGGCACCUGGUUUCAGCAAAGAUAAUGAUAGCCAGGUCAAUAAAACAGAAUUUCAAGUAGGUUUAAGUGAAUCCUUUCCAGAAGCAUGUGAACUUGGGGUGGAAUCAAUCAUUUUUCACUACACAGACUGGGAAGAUGAGCAGAACCCUGACAAUUAUCGUGAUGCUAUGGAUGACAUUAUUGGGGAUUACAAUAUCAUAUGUCCUGUAAUGGAGUUCACAAAAUUUUUUGCUCAACUAGGAAAUAAUGUAUUCUUCUACUUCUUUGAACAUCGGUCCUCAAAACUUGCUUGGCCAGAAUGGAUGGGAGUAAUGCAUGGUUAUGAGAUUGAGUUUGUAUUUGGAUUACCUCUAGAGAGAAGAGUUAAUUAUACCAAAGCUGAAGAAAUCUUGAGUAGAUCCAUAUUGAGAUACUGGGCAAGUUUUGCGAAAACGGGAACUCCAAAUGGGACUCAGAUUAAUGGAACCAGAUGGCCAAUCUUCACUACCACUGAACAAAAAUACUUAACAUUAAACACUGAAGCUUCAAAGAUAUAUACAAAAUUACGUGCCCACCAGUGUCGAUUCUGGAAUGUAUUUUUUCCCAAAGUCCUGGAAAUGACAGGAAAUAUUGAUGAAGCAGAACGAGAAUGGAAAGCAGGAUUCCAUCGCUGGAACAAUUACAUGAUGGACUGGAAAAAUCAAUUUAAUGAUUACACUAGCAAGAAGGAAAGCUGUGCAGGUCUCUAAUUAAUAGGUUUACCCUUUCAAGAAUGUCCAUAUUACCAUUGAUCAAGGCAAACAUACCAGUAACCAUCUAACAUGUUUAGCAAUAAAGCAUAUUAUGUAAAUUAAACAAAAUGGCAUGAAUAUAAUAUUGAUUCCCCAGAUCUUUUAGUUUAUAUUCUACCUUGUAUCUCAAUAAACAAUAUAAGGCACUCAUACCCUUUGAAGCUUCAGAGUAUGUCAAAUAGGACUAUAGAGAUUAAAGUAUGAAGAUUAAUGAUGUACAUGUUAUCAUAAACACUAGCAGCUUAAAGUCUCACUUCAAGGAAACACUGUAAUCUAUUACAGAAAGUGUAAUUUUUUAAAAUAGAAAUAUCAGUGUUUUAUAAUAUUGUCUGGAAAGCACAACUGAUAUAGAUCUUUAGUGGCAAUGUCACAGCAUUAUGAACCUUGCUUCAGUUGUAAUUUAGUUGACAUAAACAGAUGAUAACUUUUCUGGACACAACAAAUGUUAACCACUUGUUAAAUCAAAGGGGUUUUUAAGAGAGUUAUUAAACCUUGAAUAAUUGCUUCUUUAAGGCCCAGUCCCUGGGAAUCACCACACAGCCCAUGUAUUCAUAUAUUAAUAUUCCCUACUAGAAGCCAGGGAUAAAAAAAAUCCUUCCCCUAUGUUAUAGAACCACUGUGGAGCCAGUCUGUGUAGCACCUCUCCUGUUCGUGAUCCCACUCAUCAGGGAGCAAAGGCUCAAAGUAACGGAUCCAUAGCCAGGGUCAGCCUUUCCCAGCUCAUCUGUCUCUCUCUCUUUGCCCUGUGUAAGACUUCCCUGUGGAGCUGGGCUCUGGAUAGGGGCUGCAAAUGCCCACUGAGCACCCCGACCCUUGAAUAAUUCUGUCCCUCUUCACCCAAUGGAACUAGCCCAGAUUCAUUGUAGCGAGGAGCUCCCUGCACAUUGAAGGAUGGAUUCAGAUUUACUCCUAAGUGACUAGAUUCGACAUAGUGUCAGUCGCAUCAGUUUACCAAAGACCAGAAAUAUAACCUCAGUUUUCCUGAUUAGGUAGAAAAAUUACAAUCUGUAGAACAUGGGCCCUAUCCUGUAGUGCGUAGUCAUUAUUCUAGCAAGUCCCUCAGUGAAAUCAUUGGGAGCUGAAGGAGAUCAGUAUUUUGCAGAAGUGGGCCCUUAGGUUUGUAGGACUGAGCUCCAGGUUUGGUUCAUAUAAAAUCCACCCUAAUGUUUUCCACAACACUAACUGAAUCCUUUUUGUGACUUCAAAACAAAAAUUUGGAUAAUUAUUUCCCCAUUAAUCUGUACUUCUUGGUUCUGGCUUGAAUGGGAAGCAAAAUGCCACAAAAUACAGUAAGAUGCUCUCCUUGGUCCAUCUGGAAGGAAGUAUUAUCAGAAUUCUCCUGAGACAGCAGGCUUUGGUGAAAUUCAUAGUCCAUUUUGGCAGCCUGAAGAGAUCUGGAUAACACUGAGAUGAUGGAGAAGCAGAUGAAAAUAAAGAUGUAAACUCCAAGAAAAAAGACUGACAGCUUCCUUUGCAACAAACACUUUAGCUGAUAAAAUAUGUUCACCCUUUUGAUUAGGGGAUAUACAUUUCUUGUACAAAUUCUUGGAAGUCAGUACCAGGAUUUUAUCACAAUUUAUUAGAAGACCAGUUUCGUGGAUUACAACCUGCACAAUCAAAAGGUCAUCAGUUUUUUGGACAGGCAAUUACCAUACGUACAGUAAGGAAUGCAAAUAGUUAACUACGACCUGGUCUACACUAAAAAGUUAGGUCAACCCAGCUAUUGCGCUCAAGGUUUUAAAAUAUCCACUCGAGCAGUGUAAUUAACCCGACCUAAUCAUGAUGUAGACAGUGCUAUGUCUACUGAAGAAUUCUUCUGUCAACCUAACUAUCACAUCUUAGGAAGGUGGAUUACCUACUCCAAAGGAUGAACUCUUCCCAAUAGAAUAAAACAUAAGAAUGGUGAGACCAAUGGUCCAUCUAGCCCAGUAUCCUGUCUUCCAACAGUGGCUGGUGCCAGAUUCUUCAGAAGGAGUGAGCAGAAGAAAGCAAUUAUCGAGUGAGCCAUCGCCUGUCUUCCAGUCCCAGCUUCUAUCAGAGAGAAGUUGUGGUUGCUUCCCUGCCCAUUUUAACUAAUAGAGUAGGUAAUGAGUACAUUGAAGAGCUACAGAGGUGCAGCUGUAGACAAGCCCUAGAUUUUGCAAAAACUCUGUGUAUCGUGUAUCAUGUUUAUAGUAUAUAUACAUUUAUGGCACUAUAUAAAUUACUAUUGUUAUUGAUGAUAAUAUUAUAACAUGCAGGAUUGUGGUGAUCUACAGAGUAUUGAAUGUUUAGCACCUGCUAUCUGCCUAUCCCCUGCUAUUCAGACCAUUGGAAAAAUUUACCGAAAGAUUAUGAGUCUCUGUGCAUCACCCAGCUGGUUCUUUUGGUUCAGAAGGCAGUCCUUUUUUAUUGACUUAAUGGGUAUGAUUUUUCAAAAGGGCUCAUUGUGGGCUUAACGCUGUCAAAAGUGUCAAUAGGGAAUCUCAAAGGAAGCAAAGUUAGGUCAACCCUGAGUAUUUCUGAAAAUCACAUCCAAAUUCUUGGUGUCAUCCUUUCAAGCCAUUUCGGUUUGUUUCUGAAAAUGAGACAAACAACAACACUUUUUUUAAAAAAAAUUCAGGAAUAACAAACAUACAAUUCUUUUUAAAAAAUUAAUCAUUUAAAAGAUAUGUAGUAUUUUUUUCUGUUUGUACAGCGUGGGGCUGGAUGAGUGUAUCUGAAGAAUAAAACUCUUUUUACAAUUUGUAGCUGGACAUUGUAACAUGAAAUCCUAAGAGAGGUUGGAGGAAGGGAGUGGGAAGAAAAACUGAAUAA